AUGCUGCGGAAAGCGCUUAUAAGAAAUUCAUCCAGCCUUUCAACCCGGUCCUCUCUUCUCACUGCCUUACACAGAACCUCCAAUUUACUACCUCGAGUGCUUUCCAAACACGAGUUUGUGUCUCCACCGUUUGAGCCACCAGAUCAACCUCCGCCACCAGCCCGUAUUACAGUCUUUGGAACUGACCAAUGGGCAGGGACAGAACAACUUGUAACUGCGCUGCUUGAGCAGCCAUUUCUACCUGAUGACUCGUUAAACAAAGCUGUUCGCAGUCGAUGGGACAUGCGAGAGGACAAAAAAAUCACUAUUGCCUACGGCAAACAAAUUCAAUGGCGAGGCUCAACGCUCUAUCUUCCCUCCUCUUUCCUUCUCCAGUUUCCUUUCCCAGUCGAAAUCGAAGAAUACUCUCCCAAACAUCAUACAUCUUCCUCCGAACACGAAGGCUUGCUUCCAGAGGCGUGGUUCAAUAGUGAUAUUCCGGUCGUCCUCUGCAACCCUGUAACAGAUCGUCUGCCUUUCUCGCCACUCAAAAAUCCUAAUACGAUUCGCGUGCUCACCAGCGGAACCCCGAUUCAGAGUGAUCAUCCACCCAAGACGAUCUUCAUUGAUCCCCUUCGCGCAGUACACGGUCUUUCUGCCUUGCGCAAUGCCUCUUAUUCGCAAGUAGACGUACAACGGUAUCAAGAUGACUAUGUCGGUUCUGGUAUACCUAUGCUCACAUCGCACAUCAAAAACUCAUUUGCUUCACCCGUCACGCUCGAGCUUCUCCGCACACGCCGAUUAACUACCCAACUCUCCGGAGCAUUCGACAGUAUCUCAGGCUCCCUAGAUGAAGCCACGCUGGAAAUCAAAGAGAAGUUAUCAGAUAUCAGCAAAUUACGCCAGGAAUACGAACAGGACUUGAACCGCAUACCCAGUGAAGUUCUUGGUGUCUAUAACGCGAGUGUGUCAGACUCAAAACAAGAUAACCUUGUGACAAAAGCUCUAGCUACCUCGGAGCGACUGGUUCAAGCUCAAAUGAGCCGAUUCACUCUGUUGAAAAUGUUUUCACAUAUUGACGAGAUCAAUAUCGUCGUCAAUAGGAUUGUCGACGAAACUUGGUGCAAAGAAUUAGAACAACAUUUAAUCUUCCAAACUGGAAAACUCAGCCGUCUCCAACACCACUAUACACACUGUGCAUUUAAUUCUCUCUCGCCCACUACAUCAUUUGACUCACCGGUCCUCCGCAACACCCUACAACAAAUAUCUUCCUCUCCAUCAUACGAGAUGACACCUUCAACGCUCACCCUACCUAUACACUCCCGGAAGUUUCAAAUCGCUCAAUACCCCACAAUCCGACUGCAUCUCGCUGCACAACGUGUUGUAAUGGGCACAGGCGCCUCAGUUUUCACUGGGAUGGGGUUGGGUUGGGUAGGUUGGAUAGGUUGGCUGACGGGGUCAGGAGAGGGACUGUUAGGCCUUGUGGCGGUAGAUGGUACAACAACUAUCGGUCUCGGGAUGCUCAUAGCCGUUGCGGGCGUUCGUUGGGGCGUCGGAAAAUGGGAAAGAGCGAAGAAGAUUUGGUGGGGCGAUUGGCAUCGGGUUGGGGAAGGUCUUGAAAGAGAUCUAUCGGUGUGUUAA